UUCUGCUCAGUUCAAUGAGCAGCAGGAGCGGCGGCGGCCGGUGCCAGCAGCGGGUGUGGAUGGGAGAAGGAUAUGUGACAUGUUAGAGACUGGCGAGAGCUGGGCUCUGAUCAGAGAGGGGCGGCAUAUUUGGUGAGACAAUGUUCGGGUGCCUGGUUGCGGGUCGGUUGGUGCAAACGGAUGCACAACAAGUUGCAGAAGGGAAAUUUGUGUUUAACCUUCCGGAUUAUGAGAAUGUCAAUCACGUGGUGGUCUUUAUGCUGGGGACAGCACCAUUCCCUGUAGGAACAGGAGGAUCUGUGUAUUUCUCAUAUCCUGACAAGGAUGGAACGCCAGUUUGGCAGUUGCUAGGAUUUAUAAGUAAUGAAAAGCCUAGUGCAAUCUUCAAAAUAUCACGUUUAAAAACAGAGGAAAUUGGACAGCAUCCUUUUGGAAUGAUGAAUAUCGUACAAACUCAAUCUGUUGCUCAAAUAGGGAUUUCUGUGGAACCUGUGGAAUUCUUGACACAGCAGACCCCAGUAGCAAGUGCAGCUGUAUCAACAGUUGAUUCAUUUACUCAGUUUACACAGAAAAUGCUCGACAACUUCUAUAAUUUUUCAACCUCAUUUGCACUGACCCAGGCUCAGAUGAUCCCAAGUCCCACUGAGAUGUUUAUCCCGGCAAGUAUUGUCUUGAAAUGGUAUGAGAAUUUUCACAGAAGAUUGUCCCAAAAUCCAAAUUUUUGGAAAUCAUAAACAAUAUUCAACAGAAGAUAAUGUUACAACCAACAGUGUUCAAUCUGUGUAAACUGAUUUUUGCAAUCUUUUUUCUCUGCAAGAUAUUUUGAAUACAUGCUGCUUUUCAUAGUAAUUGAGCUGGUUUGAAAAUUAUUUUGGAGCAUUUUGCUUGUGAUACCUGCCACACUUUUAUGUUACAAUGGAUAGUAAUAACAACCUUUUAUUAAUCAUGUCUGAAUUGACAUUUGCAUUCUCAAAAUGGAUUCUAAAUUGGAAUUGAAGGCCUAAGAAUGUGUAGAAUUGUGUUAGAUCAUGAAAAUCUAUAUACUUCCUACGCAAGUAGGUUAGCAGUUGUAUACAUAAAAAAAUCUCAUAGGGAAUCCUGCUCAAGAUGAAUAUUUAUGCGACUAUACAUUCUUUUCAUAGUCCCUAUUGUGACUAAGAUGUUUCUUAUUCUCACUUGCAUAUUCUACCAUCAGUGCCAGUGAUUAAAUUUACUUUAUAAAGAGAGGCCUUUAUGCAUUUUUUUACAAAUACUGCUUUGUUAUCUGAAGUUUUAUAUUGGCUACUUCCAGUUAGUAAUAGACAUAACCCUGGCUUGUUAUAAGAUCUGACUGAAAUUCCAGAAGACUGAAUGGAAAAAUUGGACUGCAGACGUUUUGACUGCUUAAAAUAUAUACAGGAAUUAUGUAUAUUGUCUAUGCAUCUGAGCCAAAAUGUUGCACCUAACUUCAGCAAAGGUAAUUGUUUCAAUACAUUGCUAUGUUAUCCUGACUUAAAAGCAACAUACUGAAGAUGCUGGAAAUUUCUGGAGGAAGAAAUGGAAUUAAUUUUACAGGUGGUUGACUUUUUAUCAACUAAGAUUUUCUGUCCACAGAUGCUACGUGACUUGAACAGUUUCAUAUUGAUAAACUGCCCAAAAUAGAAUAUGAAUGUAAAUAUGAUUAGUAGAUGGUGUCUUUCACAUGUUGUGAAUUUCAUAAAGCAGAAGUAGUUUUGAAUGGCCUGCGUUAUUUUGAGUGCCAAGUUUUUAACAGAUUGGAAAAGGCAGAUGAGCAAAAACAUAGAAAGUACUUAGUUCUGAUAUCGUUGCAUAUACCUGGAGCUUCCUGCAAAGUUAUAUGCUGAGAAAUGGGAAAGAAAUACUAGAAUUGGAAAUGGAUAAAAUGUAAAGGAAAGAGUCAUGCAAGUGAAGCAAUGUAACCUUACUUGAACACAAAGAAAUUUAUAAACAGUUCAUAAAAAGAGUAAGCACUA